CUGUGCGAUGAGUUGAAUAGACGUUUGAAUGACUUCUCAAAUCAUUCAUUGUCUCUGUUAUCUAAAUUGAUUAUUGUUGGUCGCAUUACAAAGUGCACAAAAGAGAAAUUGCUACAGUCUAAAAAAUUCAUGCAAAUAAUCGUCCGCCGAUAAACCAUCACUGGAAAUCAAUUGUUAUUGAAUGCUUGCAAAAGCCGUGACUACAAUGGUUAAGCGACAAUUGGUACUGCUCUCAAGUAGUCAAGUGCAUGGCUACGAACUAAUGCAACAACCAAAACCGAUUCUCAUUGAAUUCUUCAAAAAAAACAAUGUGACUGAAGUGAUUUUCGUGCCAUAUGCCAAAGUAAACGAAGACUACGAUGGUUACACAAAGAUGAUGGCCAAUGCAAUUUUGUCGUUUGAACUUCAAACGUCUGUCAAAGGACUGCAUACCUUUCCCGAUCCGGUUGAAGCGAUUAACCAAGCCCAUUGCAUUUACAUCGGUGGUGGAAAUUCAUUUGUAUUGUUAAAGAAAUUGUACGAUUUAAAUUUGGUCGAAGUGAUUCGUAAGCGUGUAUUGGAAGACGGUAUUGCUUACAUGGGAUCAAGUGCUGGUUCGAAUGUCGCCACUCGUUCUAUACAAACAACCAAUGAUAUGCCAAUCAUUUAUCCACCAACAUUUGAUGCCUUAAACUUGGUGCCGUUCAAUAUAAAUCCACAUUAUUUUGAUGCUGACGAAAGUAGUACGCACAAGGGUGAGACGCGUGAAGAUCGCAUCAAGGAAUUCCAUUUACUAAAUGAUGUACCAGUGUUGGGUUUGCGCGAAGGCACGCUUCUUGUGGUUGAUGACAAUAGAGCCACUCUCAAGGGCAUUGUCAAUGCACGACUUUUCACUCGCGGAGAAUCACGAGAGUAUGCUCCCGAUUCCGAUUUGAGCUUCCUCUUGCAACAGUGAACAAGCAACAUGUGAGAAUGGAAAGUAUUCAGUGGAACAUCACAUAGUGGACACAUUAUUUUUGUCAUGCAUGGAAUUUUUUUUUUUUUAAUUGAAUUUUGGUAUAAUGAAAAGAAAAGAAAUAAAACGAAAUUUUUUUAAAAGAAAAUAAAA